AUGGAGCCAGUUGAAUGUAGAGCGGUCAUCAGGGACUUGAGAGGUCGCACACCAAGGGAGACUUUCGAUGAGAUGAAAGAUACUUAUGGGGAGGGUGCCCCAUCUUAUGACGUUGUCAAGCACUGGCAUCAUCAGUUCAUGUGUGGUUGGACAUCGGUGGAAACGGCUCCCAUUCCCGGGCGACCACAGUCCGCCAUUAAUGAAGACACCAUCCGGCAAGUGGAGGCUGCCAUUUUGGAGGAUCGCCGCAUAACCGUUCACCAACUAGCCCAAGAUGUCAAGAUCAAUGUGGGGUCUGUGGAUAAAAUCCUCCAUGAUCAUUUGUACUUGUGGAAGUUGUCUGUACGAUAG